AUGAAUAUUACUAUCCCUAACAUUAACUCUGCGAACUGGGAGAUACAGUUUUCUGCACGUGGCGUGUCUCUCAAGGGAAAUACUCAACAAAAGCAUCUCCCUGAGUUCUUACUCUGUUAUGAUUUUACAAGAGAGAUAUUUGGACCCCCUCUAAGUCUACCGUUUCACUCUUUUAAUGAAGAUACUGUGACUCUAUCUAGUGUUAGAGAUGAGCAACUUACAGUGUUAUUUGAGAGAGAUGAUACAUUACAGAUGGAGAUAUGGAUUACGACUAAGAUUGAGCCCGAAACAGCGUCGUGGAGCAAGUUGUUCUUAGCGGUGGGUAUGGAACCACUAACUGGUUUGCAGUUUCAGGUUGCCGCUGGGAAUUUCUUUGUUGACGAGGAGAAGAAAGUUGUCGUGUUUUUGGAUAAAGACACAGAGACGCGGGAGCGCUACAUAGCCUUUAUCACCCACGUAUCUGUUCUUAUGUUCCAAGUCUAG